GUCUACACACCGUGUUGUAAUCCAGUCAUCUACUCCCGUUGUCGUCUAUCCCGGGCUUGCAUCGAGCCCUCGUCGCUCAUACUGGCGCUUCAGAUCAUUCUUGAGAGCUUCUAUAAGGGCCUCUUUGGCUCCAACGAGGACAAGUCCCGCUCAAUGUCGGAUAACGGUGGCGCUUCGGGCGGCUUGGACUCCUCGCAACAGGCAGGCAGAAAUGUGCAGGGAAGUGUUGGCAAAGGAGAUGUUGUCAUGAGCAUGGAGCGCAAUGACAAGGAGCUCUCGCAUGUAAGUCGAGACUCGUCUGGUGGGGAGCGGGUGACCUCAAAGGAUCCGUGGUGUAUGCCUCAAAAGCCAACUGAAACAAAGGAGACUGCGUCCAUGAUACGAAGACUCACUUCGCAGAACAAUGCGCAACCCAAACAGCCCCGACGGAUCGGCGAGUCCUAUGCCCCUGCCACUUUGGCGUUGCAUAAUAUCAAAGUACGCGAUUUUGCGUACGAGAGCACGUUGCCCCCCCUCCCCUCCAUUACUUUCCCCGUCCGCCCAGUACAUAUGGGCCCGAGGCCUUUGAAAAGAGCAAGGAAGGAAUACGACGACGAGCCUUUGUGGGCGCGUAUUGCCCCUAACGACUAUCGAGCCUUCCAAUCCAAACGAGCUAAACAGUUGGUACGAGUUCCAACAGAGCCGGUAAUCGACGACGAAAAUUCCCAGCCCAGGCGAGAGCACGCCUACGCCGAUCUAUCAGAUUAUUCCUCUCAGGAGCCUGAGUCACAGAGUCAAGACGCCGGCGGUGGCAGUUCUCACCGCCCCAAGCCUUUACAAGGUGAACCGACGCUGCCGGUCUUCCCCGUCCGGAUGCCUGAAGAACAAGAUUUCAAUCGCGAACGUACUCCAUCUGGCGAUACCGAGCCGUAUGUAGAUACUCCGAUCGUGACGCCCAACGGUUCUCUGCAAUUCAAAGACGUGGCCUCAACGACCGACCCAACAUCCUCUUUGAACACCGCGACUCCGGCCCAGGCGUUAGUCGAUGUAUUCACCGAAUCCUCUCGACCCGCGUCUGAAGUCACAGGCGUGCAGAACGGCUUCCGCCCAUCUUCCCCGUCGGCGCUCCCGCCCGGGAGCACACCUGUGCAUUCAUCCGGCUUGUCGUCGGGGGACGAAUCAGAUUCCGGGUCUCCACCCCGAAACAAAUCUCGGCGAGUCAGAAUAAUCAAGUCCGACUCCCCGCAGCCACCGAAGAACGAGACGAAUGGUGCAGAGCCUCCAAGAUACUUUUUACGAGAGCGGCGUGUAUCUAGGCCGCCGCCGGCCAAGUCAUCCUCUGCAAGGUCACGAUCACGAUCGAGGCGAAAUGCCAGUCCCUCUCGUCGGCAAGCUGUUAAGCCGGCAGCACCCAAGUCGCUGAAGAGAGAGAGGAGAGGAGCUUCCCGGGUGCGCAACUCUGAUGACAAUACGACGUCUGCAUCAUCUUGAGGGGACGUUACUCGAGCUGUGGUCACCUACUGACUUAUGAGAUAUUUAUCCUGUACCUGUACGUAUGCCGAUGUUGUAUCUUGGGAGAUUACGGGGACUAUAGUAAAGGAUUGUCUGUAUCCUUACUGUUUCUUGCAAGUUGGCCGAUGCACGAUCACUUUACGUAGAUGUGAUCAGAAUGUGAAGCACGAUGGCGAGGGUAUAUAAUGGCAGUACAGAUGUACGAGACGUUAGCGAUGUAUAUAAAUCUCCGGACAAGAGAUACCCAAAAUACAAGAACUAUAUCCCAUGCCCAUCAGCUUAACCAGCCUCUUCCCAUGGCGUACCGCAGAACUUCUCUUGCGCUGCGGGGUCCCUCCAGUGUCGGUAUUUGCUUUGACGGUACGUGGGUCUUUCUCCUCCCACUCUGACCCGCAUUAGGCUUCAGAAAGGGUGACACGAC